AUGGUCACCAUCGACUUUGAAGGACAUGAGGCACGAGCGAAGAAGAUCAUUCCUCACACACCCGAGGCCGGCGAUCUGUACUCUACUGGGACUUGUUAUGAGCGAGAGCCUGUGUCGCUAGAGUGGGAGGUACUAGACCCCAAAAGCCAGAAACUACCUUAUCUAGCUCACAUAAAGAGCCUUUCGAAAUCAUGGAGAACCCUGCGGCAUCUGGCCGACUUCAUGGAAGUGGGUACCACGCCACUGCGGUGGAACGACCUCGUAACCAAUCCAAAAGAGCGAAAAGAACGAACGCAUCGAACAAACAUCACACUUGUGGAAUAUGGAACAGCCCAUCGUCCAAAGCAAACACACAUUACCACUGCUGAAUCUCUGAAGGAAAGAUUAUCCAACCUUCCACAAAGUGAUAGUCCUGUACAUCGCCUGUUCAUAGUGGAAGAUCUCUCGCGGCAGGUUAUUGAACAACUCGGCUCACGCUUUGAUGUAGAUCCAUUGUUUUUCCGAGAGCAGAUCGACGACUAUACAUGGUACAAUACAAGAGAUCCGUGGGCUAGCCCGCCAGCUCUAGCAGCAAACUUGCAGCAUUGUCAAUGGUUCCGCGUUCGCAACGUUAGACUGCGCUACUUUGCCUCUGAUGACUCGUUUCAGAACGCACGGCAAGACUCAAAUAGCUUCAACGUUCUUCGCCGACCAGACAAUGAUGAGAAUCACUGGCUGUAUCUGGAUGCACCUGAUUCAAUCAUCUCUAUUACGCGCACACGAUCGACUGUUUGGAUUGGGAAAGACAAGUCCUGCGGUAAUGGAGCGGUUGCUAUAGUACUCUUGGACCCGACAGUAUGCGAUGGGCGUCCACUGUGGCACGACCGGACGAACUGGCUCUGUACCCCCAGCAUGGACAGUACAACCUCGCCUGCCUUCGAACCUUCAGGAUCUUUGUACAAAGACAUCGUGCAGAUGUCAGCCGCGUUUCCGUGGUUUGAAUCAACCUCAGCACAGACGUCUGUCGACACACAAGUCUUUGCCAAACCCAUGCUGUUCACUGUCUGCGCAGAGUGGCUCGUGGUAUGCGACUAUAUCAAGGCGCGCCUCGCGCAGAUCGAAUGGGAGCUUGAAAAGCCAAGCCUCUUCCGCUCCAAAGGCGAUAUUAUCGAUAACUCGCUGAAACGUCUGCAUACCUGGCGACGCGUCUUGCCUACGUACCGCGAAAUGGUCACAGAGACGCUGGACCAGGCCCUUCCCGCCGCCGCGCGACUGACCUCACCCAGUGGUUCCGCAUUCGCAGACAUCACACCCGAUUUCGAGCGCGUGCUAAACACGCUCAACGAAUUGCAAGCCCGCGUCGACCGCCUCACUUCUAUUGUCACGGCCGAAAUUACGAUUGAAGACUCGCGUCGUGGACUGCAAGAGAAUCAUAACCUCGCGCGGUUGACGUGGCUAGCGACUACUUUUAUUCCUCUGUCAUUCGUGACAGGCCUGUUUAGCAUGCAGAACGAUAUUAGCGACAUGAAGGUGACCUUUGGGUGGUACUUCGCAGCUGCUAUACCCUUGACAGCAAUCAUUCUGUUCAUCGCGUGGCAUGCAGGCGGACAGAAAUCCAGAAAGCAGAAAGCAGAGGCUCCCAGCGUGUCCAUGCAUGAGCGAAAGAGGAAGUAA